UGGGUGUUUUAAAAGCGUGAAAAAAACGCCUAAACAAGCUAAAACGGCCGCACAACUGGACCAAUAAGCGCAGUUAAUGAAUACGCACAGCUGCUGCACCAAAAAGGCGUUAACAAUCGAGGAAACAAGCUGCAAGCAGAAAGGCUCACCGUGUUAUUGAACAACGGUCGAAGAGGGGCAGAGUGCUGCGAGUAUAUAGUGCAAGAGAGUGUUUAAGACGAGGGGUGGCAGCGGAGAGUGCGUAUGCGUGUGUGUGUGCUUGUGUGUGAGUGUAUGUGUAUGUGUGUAGUGUUUGAGUGUGCGAGUGUGUAGGCAGAAGUUGCGGCUGUGGAGCAGGCGACGUCGGCGGCGACAGAAGCACCCGGUUCGGUUGGAGCCGAGAGCACAGAAAGCAAACAGUGAAGAAACGUUGAAAUAAACAAUUGAGCAGCGAGCAACAACAAUCAUAUUAGUAGCAGCAACAACAGCAGCGGUUCAACUGCUUUUGUGAGCCGACAAAUCGACGACCGCGCCCCAAUGUCAAAUAGUCAAGUAAAUGCCGGCAGCAGCGCUAGCGUCGUGGAUGAAACGAAUCCCAAUCCAAAUGCAACUAAUCCGGCAGCAGGCAGCCCGAGCACAGCACUACCCUGUUCAAGCUCGGUGCAGCCGGCGUCGACGGCUGCAGCUGCCUCCAUUAGUACAAUAGCAACAACCGCAACAUCGACAGCAACAACAGCAAUAGCAAGUGUUGGGGGCGAUGGCGGCGUAACCAAUUUGGCUGUUGACUCAUCGCCUCGCGAAUCAGGCGAUGAUUCAGAGGAUGAGAGUGAAAUAUUGGAGGAGUCGCCGUGUGGACGCUGGCUAAAGCGACGCGAAGAGGUGGACCAGCGGGAUGUGCCUGGCAUCGAUUGUGUGCAUCUGGCCAUGGACACCGAAGAGGGAGUCGAGGUCGUUUGGAAUGAGGUGCAAUAUGCGCAGCUGCAGGAUCUUAAAACGCAGGAGGAUAAGAUGCGUCAGGUGUUUGACAAUCUGUUGCAGUUGGAUCAUCAGAACAUUGUCAAGUUCCAUCGCUACUGGACGGAUACACUGCACGCUGAGCGGCCACGCGUCAUCUUCAUCACAGAGUACAUGUCGUCCGGCUCACUGAAACAGUUCCUCAAGCGCACCAAGCGCAAUGCCAAGCGAUUGCCGCUCGAAUCGUGGCGCCGCUGGUGCACACAGAUACUGUCCGCGCUCAGCUAUUUGCAUUCCUGCACGCCGCCGAUCAUUCAUGGCAAUCUAACCUGUGAUAGCAUUUUCAUUCAGCACAAUGGUCUGGUCAAAAUUGGCUCUGUCGUCCCGGAUGCGGUGCAUUAUAGUGUGCGACGAGCGCAAAAUCUCGAGCUGGAGCAGCAGCCGAAACGGGAACGUGAACGGGAACAGGAGCGUGGUGCCCACUAUUUCCAUGCACCCGAAUAUGGUGCCGCCGAGCAAUUAACCGCCGCCGUCGACAUUUACGCCUUUGGCAUGUGCGCUCUCGAAAUGGCUGCGCUGGAGAUACAGCCGCAGUCCAGCAAUAGCGAAACGACUGCCAUCAACGAGGACACAAUACUGCGCACAAUAAACAGCCUGGACAAUGAUCUGCAACGGGAUUUGAUACUCAAGUGUCUCAAUCCACAGCCCCAGGAUCGACCAAGUGCGAGCGAUUUGCUAUUUCAUCCACUGCUCUUUGAGGUGCAUUCACUGAAGCUACUGGCCGCCCACUGCUUGGUCUUCUCGCCUGCCAAUCGAACCAUGUUCUCGGAGACGGCCUUUGAUGGACUGAUGCAGCGCUAUAAUCACCCGGAUGUGAUUAUGGCCCAGCUCAAAAUGUCGGACGGCACUGAGCGCCAGUUUCGGCUUUCGGAUGUGCCCGGUGCCGACAAGCUGGAGAAGUUCGUGGAGGAUGUAAAAUAUGGUGUCUAUCCACUGAUAACAUACAGCGGCAAGAAGCCGCCUCAUUUUCGGUCGCGUGCCGCUUCACCAGAGCGUGCCGAUUCGGUCAAAUCGGCCACGCCAGAACCUGUGGACACCGAGUUGCGACGCAUUGUGAACAUGAUGUGCAGCGUAAAGAAACUGAAGGAGGACAGCAACGAUAUACUGAUGACAAUACUGUUGCGCAUGGACGACAAAAUGAAUCGGCAGCUGACGUGUCAGGUGAACGAUGAGGAUACGGCUGCGGAUCUGACCAGCGAACUGGUGCGCCUGGGUUUUGUCCAUCUAGAUGAUCAGGACAAAAUUCAGGCCCUACUCGAGGAGACGCUGCGUGCCGGCGUCCUAAGCGAUUGCGCUGGCGCGGAAAGUUCGGGCGCCGGUGUGACCACAACCGCAACGAUGGCCGCUCUGGAACAGUUGGAACGCAAUUGGUCCAUCUCCGAUGCGGACAAAACGAUGACGAGCAGCAUGUCGGUUAACACCUCACCCAGCAGUGCUGUCAUGUAUGUCCCACAGGAGCAUGCCGACACGGAGAGCACAACGAUCCAAAAUACCAGCAGCAGCAGCACCAAUAACAACAACACUCACUGCAAUUGAGGACAAUUUAAAGUAUUCGAGGCAAAGCCGGCGGGGUGCGCAUUGUUUUUAUUAAUGGCAACAACAAAAAAAUUACUACGAUUUU